UCAGCUGCCGGGAGCGGCAGGGACGUCGCCAGCUCAGAGCUCCGCAGAGCAAGAGAAAGAGAGAGCUAUGCUUGGGGCGGUGGGCUCCCUGGUGGCCACUGUCUGGGCGGUGCUCCACCUCCGCACCCUCCUGCUGGGUGCCGUCGCCUUUCUCUUCUUUGCUGAUUUCCUCAAAAGACGGCGCCCAAAGAACUACCCGCCAGGUCCCCUACCCCUGCCCUUCGUGGGCAACUUCUUCCAUCUGGACUUUGAGCAGUCUCACCUGACGAUUGAGCGGCUUGUGAAGAAAUAUGGAAACAUUUUUAGCAUGCAGCUUGGUGACUUACCUGUAGUUGUCGUAACUGGAUUGCCCUUGAUCAAAGAAGUCCUUGUCGACCAGAACCAAAUCUUUGUGAACCGCCCUGUGACUCCUGUCCGAAGACGUAUCUUUAAGAGCAAAGGAUUGAUCAUGUCCAAUGGCCAAACAUGGAAGGAGCAAAGAAGGUUUACCCUGGCGACACUAAGAAACUUUGGUCUAGGAAGAAAAAGCAUAGAGGAACGCAUUCAGGAGGAAGCCCAUUACCUCAUCCAGGCAAUAGAAGAAGAGAAUGGACAGCCUUUCAACCCUCACUUCAAGAUGAACAAUGCAGUUUCCAAUAUUAUUUGCUCCAUCACCUUUGGGAAGCGCUUUGAGUAUGAGGAUGAACAGUUUCAGGAAUUGCUGAGGUUGCUGGAUGAGGUCACGUGUCUAGAGGCAUCAAUGAGAUGCCAGCUCUACAAUCUCUUUCCAUGGAUUAUGAAUUUUCUUCCUGGACCUCAUCAAACACUCUUUAGCAACUGGGAGAAACUGAAAUUGUUCAUUGCUCAUAUGACUGAAACCCACAGGAGAGACUGGAAUCCUGCUGAACCAAGAGAUUUUAUUGACGCUUACCUCAAGGAAAUAGAAAAGAACAGGGACAAUGCUACAUCAAGUUUCCAUGAAGAAAAUCUCAUCUAUAGCACCCUGGACCUCUUCUUCGCUGGAACCGAGACAACUUCAACAACACUGCGCUGGGGUCUGCUUUACUUGGCCCUCAACCCAGAAAUCCAAGAAAAAGUCCAAGCUGAGAUCGACAGGGUGAUUGGUCAGUCACAGCUGCCGAGCUUAGCCACUCGAGAGGCCAUGCCCUACACCAACGCUGUCAUCCACGAGGUGCAGAGAAUGGCAAACAUCAUCCCCCUGAACGUGCCCAGGGAAGUGACAGGUGAUACCACGCUUGCUGGAUACUACCUGCCCAAGGGCACCACGAUCCUGACCAAUCUGACUGCACUGCACAGGGACCCUGCAGAAUGGGCCACCCCCGACACGUUCAAUCCGGAGCAUUUUCUGGAGAAUGGACAGUUUAAGAAAAGGGAGACCUUUCUGCCAUUCUCAGUAGGAAAGCGGGUAUGCCUUGGAGAACAGCUGGCCAAGUCUGAGCUGUUUAUUUUCUUCACCUCCCUUGUGCAAAAAUUUACCUUCAGGGCCCCCAAUGAUGAGAAGCUGAGCUUAAAGUACAGAACAGGCAUCACCAUCUCCCCAGUCAACCACCGACUCUGUGCAGUCCCUCGGUCCUGAUGUCUGAAGUCGUCGGGCAGGGAGAGGAGAAAGGAAAGCAAAAAGUGUGGUGUCUUUGAAGGCACUGGCACCUACUCAGAAGGGAGGUGAUGAAAUGGAACAUGAUUGAACUCAAGAGGAAGCACAAUCCAAAUCCCAGCCUUGCUGUUUUCUCUGAUGGAGCCUUGAGCAGAUCUGUUAUGUUGUGAAUGAUAUACCUUUUCAUCCAGGAGAUGAAAAGCAGAUAAUGAUUCUUCCUCUAAAGGAAUGGACUUUGAGUGAUUUGGAAACCAUACAGCUUAUCAGAAAAAUUAGAGCUGAAAUCUGCCUUUUUCCUGCUUGCUUCUUUAGACAUGGAUUUGCUUCUAGCCUGUAGAGGUGACUCAGGUCACAGUGGUGCCAAAUGUUUGAUAAGAGUUAGAAUUUGGACCCUGGGGCAGCCAGAGGCUGCCCUCAAACGCUGUCACACUUGGUGGCACUAUCCAAGCUUUACCUUGCUCUCACCCUAGAAUGGCCCUCUGGGAAGUCAGCCAGGCAGCUAGUACUCCCUAUUUAUAUGCACAUUUCUACAAGGAAGCAGUUUCUGUAGUUUACUUAAGGGAAUACUACACUGGCUUUGGAAUCAGGACCAAGUAGAGUGUGACCACUACCAAUUAAAUGUGGGGAACAUGUUUGGGAAACAAUGUGGAAUUUAUCUUCCAUCCUUAAGUGUAUCUGUUUGCCUCAAUUCCUCUAUCAGGCAUCUUUCCUCAAGGGUUUAACUAUGGGGUGGGUGUGAACUUUUCUGGCAAACAGAUGGUCAGCUUUUGAAUGGUCAAAUAUUACCAGCCUAAACUCAACAGAGCCCUGAUACAGUAUUUUAUAGUAGGGAACCAGAAAUGCCAGAAUCUUGCUCAUUCUGCAUGUAGUUGCUGAGGGAAGACAAUGGGAAGAAAAUUGAAGGUCAAGUAACACUGAUGGUCCAUGGAAUUUGACGUCAAACCCCAAUCCAAACAAACACAAAAACACCUGCCAAACUGGACUAAACCAUAUGGGAGGUCUUUUUCCCCAAGUUGGAAACCUUGUGUGCUUCUGCCUGCUCCUCUGGAACUCUACUACCACCAUUUCAACAAACCCGUGUAACCCGAUGGAGGAUGAGAAACACAGUCCAGUCAUUGCUGUUGCAUCCCUAGGUGACAGCUGGCUGACCCCCAGAGCUCUGCUGAGACCAUCUGAGAUGAGCUGGACCCAAGCAUAUCCAGCAGCUGAAUGCAGACGCAUGAAUGAUCCCAGCUGAGACAAGAAUUGCCCAGCCGAACCCAGCCUAAACUUCCACCCAGAGCUUUAGGAGUUAAAUGGUUAUUGUUUUAAGCCACUGUGUUUUCAGAUGCACUGUUACUCAGCAGUAGCUAACUAAUAUAUUCCUUGAGGGCAGGAAUAGUAUCUGUCUUUUUCAAGAACAGUGCCUGGAACAUGAUAGGACUCAAAAAAUAGUGAAUUAAUAAAAUAAGGUAGAAUCAUUAUGGGCGGGUGCUAGAUUAGACCUAUCACUCCAAAUCAGAUCUCUGCCACUACCCCUCUGUCCUUUUCACCUGAUUCCAAUGACCUAUUUCUCAGUCCUCAUGCCAACUUCUGUUACAGUCCUUCAGGAACAAGGUAGGAGGAGUGCAGGCUUGUUCUUACCUCACUGUGUCUGUUCCAUUUUCCAGGUGGCUUUCUGAAAUGGGGCCACCUAUUCCUUUUCCCCAUGCUUAUUUCUUAAGAAUAGGCUGAUGUCCCUGGAUGGGUAUUUUGUACUAUUUGGGUCACACUGUGUUUUUGUGCAUUCACUAUCAGCUGUGUGUUCUGCUCUGAAAAGUUAAGAACUUUUCCCUCUGCCUUUAAAGCAGAUAAGAAAUUAAGCAAGAAUAAAGGGUCGAAUGCAAAGGGCCACUUUCAGGGGCUGGCAUGGAAUCAUUGAUGAUGCCUGUUGCAACAGUCAGGGUCAGAACAGAGGUCUCUCUUAGUCCAAAUACAUCAAAGGUCCAAAGAGAUCACAGGGCUCUGAGGUACCUAAAACAACAUUAAAGAUUCAAGGGGGUGGACUGCGGGCCAUGCCUAAAUUCAGUUCAAGGUUUUACCAUUUAUUAACUUCUGCCUGUGAAUUAAAUAGGCUACUUUACUUUCUUCAACUCGUAUCCUAAUCUGAAAAAUAGAAUUAAAUAAUACCUACUUUGGUAAAUUAUGAAACUGAUCAAAAGAGCCAUUAUCCCUCUCUGGGUUGUCUCUCCUUGUGGUACUCGGAUCCAUGGAACAGUUAUGGAUAACCGUCUUGAUAUAUCCAAGAAUGGCCAUGUCACUUGCUCAAUAAAAUAGCAGAAGUUCCACAAGC